UUCACAUUCACAUUCAAGACUUCACCCCAUACGAGCACAGAAACCAAAAGAAAACCACAACAUAUCAACUCAAUUCAAGAAACCAUGCCACCACCCGAUUCACUGAUCCAUGCAUCAAGUGGUGCACUCGGAGGAAUCUGUGCAAUGGCCAUCACUUAUCCUUUGAUCGUGAUUUCUACUAGGGCACAGGUCGAAGCUAAACAAGCAGGAGAAAGUUCUUUGGAAGCUGCUAUUCAUCUUGUUAGACGUGAAGGGAUCGCUUCGUUUUAUGAUGGGCUUGGAUCUUCUCUUAUUGGAAUCGCGAUCACCAAUGGAAUCUAUUAUGCAUUCUUUGAAGAAACCCGUUCGAUCCUCUUACGCAGCACUCAAACCGGAUCGAAACUCCCUCUACGAAGUUCAUUAACCACCCUUCAAUCAAUGUUUGCAGGAGCAGUGGCCGGUAGUAUGACAGCUGUUUUGACUAAUCCUAUUUGGGUAGUCAACACAAGACAAACGGUUAGGAUUCAACAACCUACGACGACUUCGAGUUUGAAUGGUGCAGUCAUGGGAUCUAAACUUAAGUCUCAGAGAAUGGGAUUCUUGCAAACGGUUCUGUUUAUUUUGAAAACGGAUGGUGGGCUUGCUUUUUUUCGUGGGUUGGGGCCUGCACUUGUUUUGGUGAUCAAUCCGAUUUUACAAUACACUUUGUUUGAACAAUUAAAGAACAUCUUAAUGGCUAGACGUAAAUUAAUGUUAAAUUCGAAACCGUCUAACAAAUCAGUUCAAUCAGUUCAAUCUGGCAAUGUCAUGUCAUUAGGAGAUCUUGAUUUCUUUUUACUUGGUGCGAUUUCUAAAUUGUUUGCUACAGGUGCUACUUAUCCUUACUUAACAGUUAAAUCUAGAAUGCAAAGUGGUCAAGCUGAAGGUAGAGGCUAUCGAGGAACGUAUGAUGGAUUAAGUCAAAUUGUCAAGAAGGAUGGAGUUAAAGGACUUUACCGAGGAAUCGCUCCUAAACUUACUCAGUCAGUGCUUACGGCUGCUUUCCUCUUCCUGGCAAAAGAAAGGAUAUAUCAUGCUACUAAAAAGGCAUUGCUCACGGCAUCUAGAGUCACACCUAUUUAAAUUCAUACAGGACAUAGAGCAUAUGAAGCAUAUAAGAUAGACGAUUUUAUGACAAGAGUUUGGAUUUGCUGGACAGAGGUAUAAGGUUUGUAGACGAUUUAAGUUUACUGUUUGUGUAUACUUGAACUGUAUUAUUAUGUUUGAUACAUGGACGAUUGUAAGAUAUGAUGAGGAUAGGCUGGUUGGGUUUUGUAAUGUUGAGUUGAUUAGGUGAUGAUGAUGAUGAUGAUAUAAAGUGUUAGAUGAUUGAUGUAGUCAGCCUUUGAGUCCGAUGAAUGCUUCACGAAAUUCUGUAGUUGGGUUGGAUCAUGG